UGGGGCUCAAUGCAAAGCAGUUGAACUUUGACCGUGAGGCUGUCGAAGAGCGCUAGCAUGUUGCACACUCGAGCUCUACUGAGGCACUGGAGGGCUACUUCUAUCCUCUCUCAAGGACAAAGGAGGUAUGGAUCACAGAGAGCAAAGACCUUAGCCACUCUAGAGGAGAAGAGGAAAGCGGCUACACUCGGGGGUGGCCAGAAGAGAAUUGACAAACAACACCAAACUGGCAAGCUGACUGCACGAGAGCGUGUUGAGCUCCUCCUGGAUCCGGGCACUUUUAGAGAGUACGACAUGUUUGUAGAGCACACCUGUGCCGACUUUGGCAUGGAUACCGCUAGUAACAAGAUCCCUGGAGACGGUGUGAUCACUGGUCACGGGCAAAUCAACGGGAGAAUGACCUUUGUCUUCAGUCAGGACUUCACAGUGUUUGGUGGGAGUCUGUCGAGCAUGCAUGCUCGCAAGAUUUGUAAGAUAAUGGACAAGGCGAUGGACGUGGGUGCUCCAGUGAUAGGACUGAACGACUCUGGUGGUGCUAGGAUACAGGAGGGGGUGGACUCUCUUGCUGGAUACGCUGAUAUCUUCUUGAGAAAUGUCCACUCGUCUGGAGUGAUUCCUCAGCUCUCUCUGAUCAUGGGCCCGUGUGCUGGAGGGGCAGUGUACUCUCCUGCUAUGACAGACUUCACCUUCAUGGUCAAGGAUACCUCCUACAUGUUUGUGACUGGACCCAAAGUUGUGGAGGAAGUGACUCGGGAGGUAGUGACAGAUCAGGAGUUGGGAGGGGCACUCACACACACUAAGAAGUCAGGAGUGGCCCACAAAGCCUUCGAGAAUGAUGUUCAUGCAUUAUACGAGAUGAGGGAGCUAUUUGAUUUCCUGCCCCUAAGCAACAAAGACAAGCUCCCCAUAAGAGUGACAGAGGACCCUAAGGACCGUCUUAUUCCCGGCCUGGACUACAUUGUCCCUCACUCGUCUGACCAGCCCUACGAUAUACUGGAUGUGAUUAGGGGGGUCGUUGAUGAGGGCAACUUCUUUGAGAUUAUGCCAGACUACGCUCGUAACAUUAUUGUGGGGUUUGCGAGGAUGAAUGGCCGCACUGUGGGUGUGGUGGGAAACCAGCCCAAUCAGAAAGCAGGUUGCUUGGAUAUCACAUCGUCAAUAAAAGGAGCAAGAUUUGUGCGUUUCUGUGACUGCUUCAAUAUCCCAAUUCUUACUUUUGAAGACGUACCAGGAUUCCUCCCAGGUACCCAAGAGGAGCACAAUGGCAUCAUCAGGAAUGGAGCCAAGCUACUAUUUGCGUAUGCUGAGGCCACUGUCCCCAAGAUCACCGUGAUCACUAGGAAGGCGUAUGGUGGAGCAUACGAUGUGAUGAGCUCUAAACACUUGAGGGGGGACAUCAACUAUGCCUGGCCAACUGCUGAGAUUGCCGUUAUGGGGGCAAAGGGUGCAGUAGCUAUCCUUCACCGUGGUGCUGACUCAUCAGAACUACCUCGGCUACAGCAAGAGUACGAGGACACUCUCUGCACGCCAUUCCAGGCAGCUGCAAGAGGGUUUGUUGAUGACAUCAUUUUCCCUCGUGAGACCAGAAAGAGGAUCUGUGAGGACCUGGAGCUACUGGCAUCCAAGAAACAAUCUCUACCAUGGAAGAAACAUAGCAACAUUCCAUUAUAGACUGCUGUUUAUUGUUUUGUGUUGUUUACAAAUUGUGAGAUAUAUAGCUUGUGUUCCAUGCUACCAGUCUCUGCUAUAAAUUUAUGUACACUG